AUGGAGGUAGCAAAAGUGGAACUGGAAUCUGAUGAAGAUGAUGACCUGGAAGGUGGAGUAAUCCCAAGGAGAGGGAAUCAGACAAAGGCCUCCAGAUCCUGUCCAUAUCUGGACACCAUCAAUCGGCCCUUUCUGGACUUUGAUUUUGAAAAGCUCUGCUCUGUGUCCCUUUCCAGGAUCAAUGUGUAUGCUUGCCUUGUCUGUGGCAAGUACUUCCAAGGAAGAGGUCAGGGGACACAUGCCUACACACACAGUGUGGCUGAGGGACACCACGUCUAUCUCAAUCUUCAUACUCUCAAGUUCUACUGUCUACCUGACAACUAUGAAAUCAUAGAUUCAUCACUGGAUGACAUCAAGUAUGUGCUGCAGCCAACAUUUACCAAAGACCACAUCUCCAAGCUGGAUGCCAAUGAGAAGCGCUCCCGGGCCAUUGAUGGCAGUGUGUACCUCCCUGGCAUUGUUGGGUUGAACAACAUCAAGGCCAAUGAUUAUUGCAAUGUGGUGCUCCAGGCACUGUCCCAUGUGGCCCCAUUGCGCAACUAUUUCCUGCAAGAGGAAAGCUACAUGGGGAUCAAGCGUCCCCCUGGUGAUUUGAUGUUUCUCCUGGUGCAGCGCUUUGGUGAGCUCCUGCGUAAGCUCUGGAAUCCUAGGAACUUCAAGGCCCAUGUUUCCCCACACGAAAUGCUCCAGGCUGUUGUCCUUUGCUCCAAGAAGCGUUUCCAGAUCACCAAGCAAGGUGAUGCAGUGAAUUUCCUGUCAUGGUUCCUGAAUGCCCUACACACGGCACUGGGAGGGACCAAGAAGCGAAACUCCAGCAUCAUCUACAAGUCAUUCCAGGGUUCCAUGAAGGUGCAUUCCCGCAAGGUGCCCCCCAUUGACCUAGAGCAGAAGGAGAAGGACAAGCUGCUUCUCAUGCAUGAAUACCAGGUUGAGACAUGUGAGGAGGUGCCCUGGUUGUUCCUCACAGCAGACCUUCCACCACCACCUGUCUUCAAAGAUGAGCUCAAGGAAAACAUCAUCCCACAGGUGAGCUUUUGGACCCUGCUGUCCAAAUUCAAUGGGGUAACAGAGAAAGAGUACUGCACAUACAAAGAGAACUACAUCAAGCGCUUUGAGAUCACCCGGCUCCCCCCCUACAUCAUCAUGUGCUGCAAGAGGUUCCAGAAGAAUACUUUCUUCACUGAGAAGAAUCCAACUAUCAUCAACUUCCCCAUCAGAGGGAUAGACUUUGGAGACAUCCUGACGGAGGAGGUGAAGGCAAAGCACUCAAACACCACAUAUGAUCUCCUGGCCAACAUCGUCCACGAUGGGCAGGCAGGGCAUGGAAAGGGGACGUUUCGAGUACACAUCCUCCACAAGGGGACAGGGAAGUGGUAUGAGAUGCAGGAUCUUCAUGUCAAGGACAUCCUUCCCCAGAUGAUAACCCUCACUGAAGCCUACAUCCAGAUCUUCGAGCUGCGACGAGAGAAGCCCACGAAGACCGCCGAAGUCGUAAAGAUGGAGUCCUGACCUCCCGUUCUUAUUCCUAUAUCACAUUUUGUAAUAAAAGUUUUUUGUUUCCCCGGUCAAA